AUGACGGCCCUGGAUUGGUCUCCCUCUUCAAGGAGCCUGACAGAGCGGCCGCCCGGCGUCGCCUCUGCUCCCUCCAGUUUGCCUGGCAGCGGCGGCGACAGGGAUGGGGACGGCGAUGGCGAAGGCGCGUGCGCACGAACCUCACCAAAUGCACGCGGGACGCCCCAACGAACCACGGCUUUGCUUCAGGCCACCGAUAAUGCUGCACAGAAACACUUCGGCAGCCCCUCUGUGGCGGUGGUGUCCCUUGAGCGGCACUACUUUACCACCGUGCAGCAGUUAGAGAGAAUUAAAAGCAUGUAUUGUCGCCUCGACUCACACAACGACGAGCUGGAGAACUCCUUCGUUGUGCUUUCUAACCGAUUGGACGCCUUUCGUUCGUUUCUGGUUCUUCGUCUCAGCACGACUGCGAAGGAGCUGCGCAGGGAGGUGCGUUUGUUGCGGGACAUGGUCUUGUUUCUGCUGGGGGAGUUCGCAGAAAACAUGCAACGUUACGAGAAGCGCAUCUUGUCUUGUGUCGAGCAGGCCGGCAAGGGAGCAGGGCUAUCAUUAUUGCCGCUUGCAACGUUUGGCCGCAUGCCUUUGAGUCAGACUCCGCAGCAGUCACAGCAGCCGUCCAACGCAUAUGUGGCUGCGGGCAACGACUUCCUUCGUUUCUCCUCUUCGCCCCAUGUGCACAGCGGUGUGCGUGCAACGAACACGUCUGUAGUAGAGGGAAACCCGCGUGUUUCUCAGCCACGCGAAGCGCUUGUGCGCAGCCCUCAUCCUUCCCUUGCACACUCACUGAACAACCGAGGCGAUGUGGCGGAGCUCUGGGAGGCACUCGAUGAAGCAGUGCGAAAGCGUGAGAACAUUGAAGACAAAAUGCUCCGACAACAAGAGAGUUACGAAAAACAUAUUUGCAGCAUCAGAGAAUUGUACGCGCAGAAGGAGCGCACCUUGCAGCGUCGAAUAGAACUACUCGAACGUGUUUUGAAGCGCGACGCCUCAGGGGACGGUUUCCGGGAUCACAGACCUGGGAGGUAUGAGGAUGGUGAAGCGGAUGACCCCAAUGCGGGCGACAGCGAGGGCGAGUCACCACACUCGUCUGUAGUGCGUUGUGGAAAUUCGAUUGCCGAUACAAGCAACACCGUGGGUCGGUGGCCAAGCACAAGUAGUGCUCUGAGACGCGGGCCGCGUAGAGUCCGUCCGUUGUCUUUGGAGCGCAGUUCUCUGACGGACGCCGACGCACCCACCGAGGAGUUGCACAGCAAAGUUGGAGGCGGGGAACUUGGCGGGUGUGGCACCUUCUCCGCUGUAAAUGGGGGCCCUCGUCGCAGUCGCCACAGUGACGACCAUCAGCGCCGACGCUUCUCUGCGUUGAGUGCUGAGGCGGCGGCGGCGGCGGCGCGGGAGCCGUGGUCGAUGGGACGCGACGUGGAGCGCCGUGUGCGGUCACAAGUGCUCUCAUGCGGUCGCCACACACCCUACGACGGGAUAUACAAUAAGCGCUUCGCCCCAAGAUUGAAGCGGGAGGAAAAAAAACUGGCCGCCGCCGCUUCCCGUUUGCUGGGCGCCGUGACGGGGGCGCACACAGCACAAAACAAUCCAUCUCAACAACGAGGGGCGCGGUGCGGCGCAGAAGGUGGCGGUGCGCUUAGAGAGAAUGUGGUGAGUCGACUGUAUUACUUGCCGCGGUCGCCACCCAGGCGUCCUGACACAAACACGUACCUUUCCCCCGUUCCCAAGAGCGGCGUCGCAUUACGUCCAGACGGCUUAUCCGACAUCUCUACAGUGGCGCGUGGGCUGUGGGCGGAAAAACUGUUGCGGGAACGGGCCACCCGUCGGCCACGCUGA